UGUCAUUAUUGUGUAUUUGCUGCCUGUAGAGAAGCAGGCUAGUACACUUAAAGGAGGACUCCACCCCAGGGAGGCAAGUCAAAGCCUGCCGCCACCACCCAGGAUUUCUCUAGCUGGAAUCUGCAUACGGGCCCAAGGGAGCCCAUUAUGAAUACACCUAUUUCCAUACACUCCCAGCCAACACUCUAAACAAUUUGUGCUCUUGCUGAGGAAGACCCAUGAGAAAUUGAAAAAAAUUUUUUCUGGAUGACAUUAAGAAGACCGUGACAUGAUUUGGGUGGCUUUCUAGAAGAUGACCAUAGAGGACCUUCCGGAUUUUCCAUUAGAAGGAAGUUCGUUGAUUGGAAGAUACCCAUUUUUAUUUCAAGGUUCUGAUACACCAGUUAUCUUUUCCAUUUCUGCAGCACCAAUGCCUUCAGACUGUGAGUUUUCUUUCUUUGAUCCUAAUGAUACAUCAUGCCAGGAAAUUCUCUUCGAUCCCAAAACUUCUGUAUCAGAAUUAUUUGCCAUUUUAAGACAGUGGGUUCCUCAGGUCCAGCAGAAUAUUGACGUUAUUGGAAAUGAGAUUCUUAAGAGAGGUUGCAACGUGAAUGACAGAGAUGGAUUGACAGAUAUGACUCUUUUACAUUAUACUUGCAAAUCUGGAGCUCAUGGUAUUGGUGAUGUUGAUACAGCUGUAAAAUUUGCAACUCAACUUAUUGAUCUGGGAGCAGAUGUUAGUUUGCGGAGUCGCUGGACAAAUAUGAAUGCUUUGCAUUAUGCUGCUUAUUUUGAUGUCCCUGAACUUAUAAGAGUGAUUUUGAAGACGUCUAAACCAAAAGAUGUGGAUGCCACUUGCAGUGACUUUAAUUUUGGAACAGCUCUGCAUAUUGCUGCAUAUAACUUGUGUGCAGGUACUGUGAAAUGCUUAUUGGAGCAUGGAGCAAAUCCUGCAUUUAGGAAUGACAAAGGACAGAUCCCCGCUGACGUUGUCCCAGACCCGGUUGAAAUGCCCUUAGAAAUGGCCGAUGCCGCGGCAACUGCUAAAGAAAUCAAGCAGAUGCUGCUCGAUGCGGUGCCUCUGUCAUGUGAUCUCUCAAAGCCCUUGCUUCCAAGUUACGAUCGUGUUACUAGCAAGGUGAUGCUGACGUCACUUGGCCUGAAGCUGGGGGAUCGUGUCGUUAUUGCAAGACAGAAGGUUGGAACAUUAAGAUUUUGUGGAACAACUGAAUUUGCAAGUGGGCAGUGGGCUGGCAUUGAGUUGGAUGAACCAGAAGGAAAAAACAAUGGAAGUGUUGGGAAAGUCCAGUACUUUAAAUGUGCCCCCAAAUAUGGUAUUUUUGCACCCCUUUCAAAGAUAAGUAAAGCAAAAGAUCGAAGGAAGAAUACAGCACACACUCCUUCUACAAAAGCUGUACCUCUCAUCAGGUCCCAGAAAAUCGAUGUAGCUCAUGUAACGUCAAAAGUAAAUACUGGAUUAAUGCCAUCAAAAAAAAAUAGUGCUUCACAAUCAACACUUUCAUUGCCUCCUGGUGAAGAAUUGAAAACUGGAGCAGAGAAAGAUGUUACCCUGCUCGCAUCCGUCAGCAGCUCCUCCUCUACAUCUUCUCUGGAGCACAAGCAGAGUCACUCCAAGACACUGAACGCAAGUGGCAACAACAAGAAGACAAAGAGCAAAAGCCCUUCUGCCUCAUCUAGAGCCAGUGCCGGUUUGAAUUCCUCAGCAACAUCUGUAGCAAAUAAUGCACGCUGUGAAGGAGAACUCCGCCUUGGAGAUAGAGUGUUGGUGGUAGGCCAGAGAAUUGGUACCGUUAAGUUCUUUGGGACAACAAACUUUGCUCCAGGAUAUUGGUACGGGAUAGAGCUUGAUAAACCCCAUGGCAAGAAUGAUGGUUCAGUUGGAGGUGUGCAGUAUUUUAGUUGUUCCCCGAGAUAUGGAAUAUUUGCUCCCCCAUCCAGGGUACAAAGAGUAACAGAUUCCCUGGAUACUCUUUCAGAAAUUUCUUCAAAUAAACAGAAUCAUGCGUAUCCUGGUUUUAGGAGAAGUUUCAGUACAACUUCUGCUUCUUCCCAGAAAGAGAUUAACAGAAGAAAUGCUUUUGCCAAGUGAGUAUUAAGAAGAUUUAGAAAAACGCCUUUCAAGCUGAACAUGACAGGAUUCUGUGAAGAAAUAAAAGUGGGAUUUUGUAUCUUUUACAUUGCAUGGUAGAAUUUUAACACUUAGGAGGAAAGGUGUGAUGAGUGUGUCAGUGAGAAGAGUUCUUCCUCCCUCCUUUGCAAAAAGCUCAAUUAAAAAUGUCACCAGUGACUAAAA